UCAAUUUUCAAAUGUUCCUCAAUCAAAACAAGAUCCUGAAUCACAAGGAUCAGCACCUUUGGAAGCAGCAAUGUUGCAGCCAUUACCUAUGGAAGAACUUUUUUCUGCCUCUGCAGACCAAUAUGUGCUUCCCAUACUCGGGGAAACCCCUUCUGGAGAACCCCCCAAUCCAAAAAAAUGUUCUCCUCGGGAAUACUUGGAGUUUUACAUAUUCCCAGUGCUCUUACCCGGCCUGGCUGCACUUCUGCAUGAAGCAGAGAAGGAGAAGUGUUUUGAGGGAAGAAGAACCAAAUUUAUUCCCUCUGAUUUCCUAACUGAGUGGUUAUACAACAAGAAUCCAAAGAGGAAAGAUGAGUCAUUUACAGAAUUGUUUUCCAUCCCUUUUGUUCAGGACUGGCUAAAGGACCGUCCUAGACCACCAACUCCUCUCUCUCUGCUACUGUCAGAAGAGGAAGCAAGCAUACUAAUUCAGUCCUUCUGGAGAGGUUAUCGGGUUCGUUGUGAUAGUGAAAUACAAGAGCUACGUCAGUGGCAAAAGAAGCUGAGAGAGGAGAGGCACAUUACUGUGGUGGUGAAAAAAUUCUGGGCUAAACAGGAAGCCAAAGGUAAGUGAAUUAAAUUGUGGGUUUUUUUGGUUAGUUGGUUUGUUUUUCCAUUGUGUU